AUGGCUGUACCAUCUGCUACACGACAGUACCCGAAAAAUCUGGGACAGGACACCCUCGCGAAAGCAUGGGACCUGCUAAACCAUACUCUAGAAAUUGGUCUCGGACCUCAAUCUUGGUCUUCAGUGCCGGAAGUCAAACUUGUCGCAGACUUCCCAACGAACAGCGCGAUUUGGCUGACUCGAGCCGCCGAUAUGAGGGCUUCCAACGGACUUGAGAAUGCACAAUUUAUAGGAUAUCGUGACCCUCAGCUCCAUCCCCGGCUAGACUCGCUCGACGAUGACAUCUAUCUUGAAGUCGACCCGAACAUGAUGUGGAAGGAGCGAAAGUAUGAUCUGAUUCAUUCUCGAGUGAUCGGGUACAUAGAAAACUGGCCAGAAUAUCUCAGGAACGUGCAAAGUUGCCUUGCAACUGCAGGUGUGCUCAACAUAGAAGUAGUUGAGAUGAUUCCUUUCACCGACGAGGGUAGCCUGCCCGAAACAUCCGCUCUCCUGAAACUAUCUCGGAUCUUGUACGAACCUUCAGAAACACCAGAAGAACCGAUCGGUAGCGUUUCCUCCAACAUCGAGCAAGAUAUCCAGAAUCUUGGUAUGAAAACAACGCUUACCACCCACAAGCUUCCAAUCAAACAUCACCCGGACAAGAACAAGCCUUUGCUGGGAGAUUGGCUCGCAUCGACGAUGAUCCAGUUUAUAGAAGCAAAUGUACCCAUCGGGCGCGAGACGCCAGCGCGACUUAGACUGGAUGACAAGCUUGUGGAAGCAGCGAAAUCAGAAAUCUCACACCCUUCUUUUCAUGCAUAUUGCAACUGGUCGGUUUCUCCUCGUAAUUCGGCAAAAGAUCUGAAGCUGAUCGUCUUCAAGCUAUUGCAUAGUGGCAACACGGUAUUCCGAAGUACUAUCUGUGUCUUCGCUUUGUAA